GUCUCCCAAGCAAGGCAGGAAGCAAAAAAUGGCAAUCUGGAGGAAUCUCUCCGCCUUCUGAGGCAGGCAUAUCAAAUCUAUCCCUGUGAAAAGCUGACAAGAAAAAUGGAAAAAGUUGAGGAAGCAUUAGCUUCAUUAGCCCUGGAUCAGGAAGAUGAUGUAUUUGUGGAUGUUUGUCAGAGUGGACUAAUGUUGUUUGGAGAAAUACAUGACAAGCUAUAUGACUACCAGAGAGAAGGGGUUGCCUUCUUAUACAGUUUAUACCGCGAUGGAAGGAAAGGCGGUAUCCUUGCAGAUGACAUGGGCUUGGGGAAAACCAUUCAGAUCAUUGCUUUCCUCUCGGGCAUGUUUGAUGAAGAACUCAUUCGGACUGUGCUGUUAAUUAUGCCACCUAGCCUUUUGAGCAACUGGCUUAAAGAGUUUGCCAAGUGGACUCCUGGGCUGCGAGUGAGUGUCUUUCAUGGUCCCAACAAGCAUGAAUGUGAGAAAAAUCUGAAGAGGAUCCAGAAGAGGAGUGGUAUCUUGCUCACGACUUAUCAGGUGGUCCUCAGAAAUUGGCAGCAGUUAUCGAGCUUUGAUGGGAAGGAUUUCAUCUGGGACUACGUCAUCCUUGAUGAAGCUCAUAAAAUUAAAACACCAUCUGCCCAAACGACAAAAUCUGUGCAUGCUAUCUCUUCUCAAAACCGCAUCCUGCUCACAGGGACUCCAGUCCAAAACAACCUAAAAGAACUCUGGGCUCUUUUUGACUUUGCUUGUCAAGGAUCGCUUCUGGGCACCAUGAAAACGUUCGGGAUGGAAUAUGAAAAACCUCUCAUAAGAGCCAGGACAAAGAAUGCAACCCAGGAAGAGAAAGCACUGGGACUUAAGAUCUCUGAAAACCUGAUGUCCAUAAUCAAGCCGUAUUUCCUAAGACGGAGUAAAGAUGAACUACAGAACAAACUUAAGCCUGAACUUAAAACCAGUCUCCCAGAAUAUCAGAGCAAGACUGUUGCUUCUGAAAUGCCUUCUCUGCCCAGAAAAAAUGACUUCAUUGUGUGGGUAUACUUAUCACCCAUACAAAAAGAAAUAUAUAGGGACUUUUUGUCUUUGGAUCAUAUCCAAAAGUUGUUAAUGACCACAAGGUCCCCACUUGCUGAACUGAGUGUCUUGAAGAAACUCUGUGAUCACCCAAGGCUGUUGUCAGCACGGGCAUGUAGCAAACUUGGUCUGGAAGCUCUCAAUUAUAAUACGGUGGAUGGUGAUGAAAAUGAUGGGCAUUCCAGCAUGAAGAGAAACCUUGGGCACAUUUCGGAUGAGACUCUGAUGGCGGAAUCAGGAAAGCUGUGCUUCCUCGUGGCCCUGUUGGAAAGAUUGCAGGAGGAGGGGCACAGAACACUGGUGUUUUCUCAUUCAAGAAAAAUGCUGGAUAUUAUAGAGCACAUCUUAACGCACAGGUGCUUUAAGCUAAUGCGCAUUGAUGGAACUGUAAGCCAUUUGGGGGAGCGAAAAAGGAGAAUUAGUGUCUUUCAGAAGAGCAAAGAAUACUCUGUGUUUCUGCUUACUACCCAAGUUGGUGGGGUUGGUCUAACCUUAACAGCAGCUACCAGGGUGGUGAUUUUUGAUCCUAGCUGGAAUCCAGCUACAGAUGCUCAAGCCGUAGACAGGGUUUACAGGAUAGGGCAGAAGGACAAUGUUGUAAUCUACCGGCUAAUUAGCUGUGGGACAGUGGAGGAGAAAAUCUACAGAAGGCAAAUAUUCAAAGACUCAUUAAUCCGACAAAGCAUGGGAGAUAGGAAAGAUCCAUACAGAUAUUUCACUAUGCAAGAACUAAGGGAGUUGUUCACACUGGGAGAUACUCAAAGCUCAGCAACACAGCUCCAGCUUCAGUCUUUGCAUGCAAGCCAAAGAAAAACAGAUAAUCAGCUGGACAAGCACAUUGCAUAUCUCCAUUCACUGGAGAUAUUUGGCAUAUCAGACCACGACUUAAUGUACACACACGAAGCAGUUCAUGAAGAUGAAGCUGAGGGUGAAGAAGUCCACACGGACAUUGAACAAAGGGUACAGAAUGCCCAAAAGCUGUUACAGCUGGAAUCACAGCUAAAGGACCAACUGAUGAGAAACCUCCGACACACGACUGAAGGGGCAUGGCUGAGAGAAAUGGAAUUGUCCACCCAGCCAAAGAAAAAGCCACAUGAGCCUUCUCCCAAUUACGCUCUCGUGCCACCUGUAACUGACGAACCCACAAGCAGUGAGAACAUCAGUCUUGUAGGUGACAGUGAUGAUGACAUUGUCAAUGUGAGUUCUAAGAUGACAGAGCUACUUAUUAAGGAGGAUGAACGAGUGCUUCAGAACAUAACUAAUAUGGAUAUGUCUGCAUCCAUGAAUGAAGAAUGCAAACCAGCCAGUCAACAAGAAGUAACUCCUAUAUCUUCUUUUAAUCAAGCUCAUUCAUUAUCUUACAAGGAGGACUGUAGCCCUGCAUGUCAGGUGGUUUCCCAUGACCCACCUGCUGAGGCAAAUGGCAAGUUUAACGACGCCCAAGUGGCCCUACUGCAGCAGUCAUUUCACUAUGUGCCUGAUGAUGAUAUACAAACUACUCAAAACCAUUAUCAAAGUCCUGUAUCCUCCUUUUCUCAAGCUCACUUGUCUUACCAGGUAAACUGCAGUUCUGAACUUCAAACAAUCUGUCACGACCCUCCUGUCGAGGCAAAUGGCAUGCUUACUGAUGUCCAAGGGGUUCCAUUGCAACAGUCAUCAGAGUAUGUGUCUCACCAUGUAAAGCAACAAGGCGAGGCUGACAUGUCUCUCAAUGUUCCUACAAGUCCACAUGGAGAGGCAGGUGAAGUUGCUGAGCCAGGUGCCUCAGUAGCAUCUCAACUGCAGUCCAGUAAAAUCUCAGACCUCAGUUUUGCGCAGAAAUCUGGAAUGGAUGUAAUAAUGUUGGAUGAGACUCUAUCUGGUUCUCCCCAGUGUGAUUUCAGACUUGUCUUAGAAGAUUCCGAGGAUCAGUUGCAAGAUAUCUCGGGAGUUGAAAUGUCAUUGAAGGAUACAGAGAAUACAAGAUUUCAACUGAAUAGCCACUGUAGCUCUUGGGCUCACUCUUUGCUUCAGGAAAAUUGGAACAACAGAAGUCUCCAAGCCAGCAAAAGAUCUAUGGUUAUUGGUGGCUCUGACGAUGUUUUGAUGAACAACAGUGAGCUUUCUUUUCAGCAUAAAAAUAUGCCUGUUAAAAUAAUCGUUUCAGAUAGUGAAGAGGAUGACACUUGUUUUAUAAUUGAUUGGGAUGAUAGUAAGCACAGACAAGGAUCUCCCACAAACAAACUACCUGGUAUUAUUUCAACGCCAAAGUCUAAAUUGUCCACAACCAGCCUUUGUUUCUCUCCUAGGGUAAUAGUUAGUGGAAGAAGAUCAACCGCUUCUCGAAAAUCCCUUGCUAGUAUCCUAUUGGAUCAGGUGGAGGACAUUGCAGAGACCAUUGAAUCCACCAGUUAUAUGUCUUGUGAAGAUUCUUUUAACCUUUACCUUGAAGCAGAAAAAACUCUGGACAAUUGUGAUUAGGAGUUGGAGUGGCUGGAAAAGGAGCCGUCCAGUGAAAUGAUAGAGUCUGAGAGCAAAGCUAGAGUUUUGCUAAAGCAAUUUCUAGAGUUCUUAUACUGUUUCACUCACCCCUUUUAUGGUACCCUUUUAUUGAUUCCUUCCAGAGCAGAUUUGCAUCCAAUCACAGCAGUGGAAAGAUAAACCUGCACCUUGAGGGAAAUUGCUUCUGACAUUGAUCCCUACCAUUUAAGGCCCAGCUUCAUUCAC